AUGGAGCUGCCCGAGGACCUCGUCGAGCGCAUCGCGGAGACGUGCGUGCGCGCGGGGGGUCUCAAGGAGUGGUGCCGCUCCUGGCGCGGCACGUGUCGGCGCUUCUCGUCGUUGCGGUGGUUCGAGGCGGUCGCGAGGGGCGGCGUGCCGCUGGCCGUGGUUCCGAGCGAUCGGUGUCCCACCGUGCAGCUCGGCGUGAGCCGCGCGAGGAGCGCGACGGAGGACGCGGUGGCGCGCGCGGCCGCGACGCGACGCGCGCUCUCCCGCAUCGCCGGAAGAAGCGAAGACGACGACGACGACGACGACGACGACGACGACGGGUGGGAUGUCCUCGGGACCGGGCCGACGGUCCUGGUCACGCCCGGGGUGCACCGCGAGAACGUGCGGCUGACGCGAACAUGCGCGCUCAUCGGGUGGGGCUCGCGGGGUUCCGCCGUCAUCGAGGGCAGCGGAUGGGAACCCGCCCUCGCGUUCGCGGGUCUCGGCAUGUCCGAGCGCGGGACGGGCGACACGAUGGGCUGGAGCGUCGGCGACACCGGCGAGAGGUCCGUCGCGUGCAACCUAUCGAUUCGCAGUCGUAACCGCGCGCAAGCCUUCGCGGUUGCCGUGGUGAACGGCGCACCGAAGUUCGUCCGGUGCGACCUGCGCGGCGGGCUUCUCGUGCUCGGGUGGAAGACGUCCCCCGCCGCGCUCGCGUGCGUCGUUCGCGACGGCCGGGGCUGCGGAGUCAAGGUGACCGAUCACGGCGAGGCGAGGCUCGACGGAUGCGUCGUGGAGCGAUGCGGGACGCACGGCUUGCUCCUCGAACGGGGCGGCCGGGCGGUGCUCGCCGGCCGCACGGUGGUCAGGGAUAACGAUUUAGAGGCUGUGCUGCACACGCCGGACACGGACGGCGUCGCGCUGGAGGGCGAGGGUGUCGACCUCGGACCUCCCGCCAUCGUCCGCGUCGGCGUGCGAAAAUACGACUCCGACGACGAGGAGGGAGACUCGGGUCACGUCUCGGUGGUGGUUCGGCCGAACGUGCGGAGGCUGCGGGUCGGGGCGGAGACGUUGGAGCACCUGCACGGACACGCGCCGGAUUACGCCUGGCUCAAACGCGGGGGGUUCUCGUUCGACGACGACGGCGGAGACGAGGACUACGAAGAAGAAGAAGCGACGGGGUCAGACUACGACGAAGAAGAGACGGGGUCAGACUACGACUUCGACGACGACGACGAAGGCGUCUCCGCGUCUCCGCGUAUUAAUGAACCAUAUAGGGAAUAG